AUGGCAUCCGCACGAUCGUUGAUGCGCCUGGGAUCUGGCCGAUCGGUGGCUUCGGCCUCCAGGUCUAUGGCUCCUCGCGCCUUUUCCUCCUCUUCAUUGCAAUAUGCUGCGAAGGCCUCGACACAACCUGAACCCGAAAACAUGCGCCACGCGCAACGGCCUCCUCAGGGUCCCCUCCGUGCUCCCGUCGUCAACCCGGCCGAUAAGUGGCAGGAGAAAGCCGACAGCCUGCACACCUAUGGACAGUACAUCAUGUCUUGCCUCCCCAAAUACGUCCAACAAUUCACUGUCUGGAAAGAUGAGUUGACUGUUUACACCCCUCCUGCCGGUGUUGUCCCCGUCAUGAGCUUCCUCAAGAACCACACCUCCGCCGAGUUCACUCAGAUUUCCGACAUCACCGCUGUCGACUUCCCCACCCGCGACCAACGUUUUGAGGUCGUCUACAACCUUCUUAGCGUUCGUUUCAACUCCCGGAUUCGUGUCAAGACCUACGCCGAUGAGGCUACCCCGGUUCCCAGUGUCACUGGUCUUUUUGAGGGCGCCUUGUGGUACGAGCGUGAGGUUUACGACAUGUUCGGUGUCUUCUUCAGCGGCCACCCCGAUCUGCGCCGCAUUAUGACCGAUUAUGGUUUCGAUGGCCACCCUCUCCGCAAGGACUUCCCCUUGACUGGAUACACUGAGCUGCGUUAUGACGAGGAGAAGAAACGCAUUGUCAUCGAGCCCCUCGAGCUCACUCAGGCCUUCCGUAACUUUGAGAGCGGAUCUACCGCUUGGGAACCCGUUGGUGCCGGUGUGAACCGCACACCCGAAUCCUUCAAGCUCCCUACCCCCAAGCCUGAGCCGCCGAAGGAGGAAGAAAAGAAAUAG